GCCACCUUUCUGUGGACCACACUACAGCCUCUGGACAGCACAGUAGCCAAUCACAUACACCCAGGGCUUCACUCCAGCCAAUUGUGAGCUGUCCUGCGGGUCCAACAUUCACAGUCAGCUCUGGCACAGUCGGGUUUUUUAGACCAUGCAAUAUUUCAUUUCACAGAGGACCAGUGCAUUUAAGCAAGGUGCUGCCCUAAAGUCUCUGAUUCCCUGUGAUAACGAGUGGAGUUCUGCACUUUUUCUUUAGUUUAUAAAAAAGAAGAGAAGAAAACAUGAAGCUGGUUUGCUGUGCAGGACCUACUUCCUUAUUUUUGUUCUCACAAACAGAACCCCCCAAAAGUGUUAUAAUGGUAGAGGGAAAUUGGUUAUUUUUGCUCUGUGCUUACGGUAUUUGGAUACGAAUAUGAGACAAAAGUACAGUCAGCUUUUAAUAUCAUGGUAUGUGUGUUACCAUUUCACAGAAACUGCUGUCUUUGUGUUGAGUCCCCCUAUUUUCAGCAGAGUAAAAGUAAAAAACAAAAGAUUACAAUUAAAAAGCAGAAGUUCUUUCCUCCACACUUUCAGCUUUCCAUUGCUUUCGAUUGCAUUUUUAUUUUUUUAUUUUUUUGUCUCAUCUGUUCAUAAAACUGUUUCAGAACUCUUCUGGCUUGUCUUUGUAUUUUUUGGCAAAUUCUAAUCUGGCCUUUUGAUUCUUGACGUUGAUGUGAGGUUUUGCAUUUUGCUGUUUAGCCUCUAUAAUUCUGCUCUCCGAGUCUUCUGCAUUUGGCGGCUCGCUAUAUUUUUACCCCUGCCCUUUGGAGACUGCUGGUGACAUCACUGACGGUAGUUUUAGGGUUCUCCUUCACAACUCUUCACAGGAUUCCUCUGUCAUCAACUGCAGUACAACUCAUACAGGUACUUAGAGUUGUCUGUAGCCUACACAACUCACAUACAAGUUUGGAUAGUUUAUUCUCUGUUUGGCACUGUGAGUGCCUGUGGGUUUUCUGGCUUCUAUUGUUGGUGGCUAUUUGUCAGUAGACAGGAAAGGUAAGAGUGAUCUUCUGCAGAUAUAUAUUUAAAUUUAGUUGAUUUUAGUUACAGGAAAGCGGAAGGUAAAGCAGUGAUGAAGUAGAAGUGUGGGAGCUUCUGGAAGAAUUUUUUUGCAACUUGCUGUCCACACAAGCAGAUAAGAAAAAAAUGCAUUAGAGGUGCUGUACAGUAUAUACAAUAGCCCAGGGGUUUCUUUUUUAUCACUCUUUUGAUCACUGAAGUUGAAGCACUAAACUUCCUCUUGAAUCAUGCAGGCAAACAGAGGGGUCACAUUGAUCUUGCUGAGUCUAAUGACAAGACUGGGGAGCCCAAAGAAUGUGCUGACUCUGCAGCCUAACUGGCCCCUGUUCUUCACUGGAGAGACCGUCACUCUCACGUGUUCGGGACGGACAUUCAAACAUUAUGGAUUCACGUGGAUGAGAUAUGAAUCAAAUAGUUGGCCGCUAAAGCACACAUCCCAGGAUAACAUCUACACCAUCGCACAUGUUACUGAAGCCCACAGUGGUGAAUACAAGUGUUCCACUGAAUCCGACAGUGAUCCUGUCAGACUGAACGUGUCAGCACUGCCUAAAGCCACUCUGAUGGUAGAGCCAAAAUGGCGCCCACUGUACAAUGGAGAGACCGUCACCCUGAGGUGUGAGGUGGACUCCUACAGCAACUGGACAUAUUCCUGGUACAAAGACCAGACCCAGAUGGCUGUGUCUCAGACUGCUGGUCACAGUGUAACUGGUAACAGACUCACCAUCCCUGGUGCUGUUGGGUCUGACCAGGGGCAGUACUGGUGUGAGGGGAGGCUGGAGGGGAGAAAAGUGACAUCACAGCGCAGUGACUCCAUCAAUCUGACAGUUGCAGCCCUGCCUAAUGCCUCUCUGGCUGUAGAGCCAAAAUGGUGUCCACUGUACAGUGGAGAGACCGUCAUUCUGAGGUGUGAGGUGGACUCCUACAGCAACUGGACACAUUUCUGGUACAGAGACCAUAACCAGACAGCCACAUCUCUCUCUAAAGAGUACAGUGUAAACAUCACUGGGGCUGCUGGGUCUGACCAGGGGCGGUACUGGUGUGAGGGGAGGCUGGAGGGGAGAAAUGUGACAUCACAGCGCAGCGACUCCAUCACUCUGACUGUUGCAGGGAGCCCAAAGGAUGUACUGACUCUGCAGCCUAACUGGCCCCUGUUCUUCACUGGAGAGACCGUCACUCUCAGGUGUUUGGGACGGCCAUUCAAACAUCAUGGAUUCGUAUGGUCCAGAAUUGAAUCAAAUUUUUUUGUGACAAAGCACGUAUCCCAAGAAAACAUCUACACCAUCGCACCUGUUACUGAAGCCCACAGUGGUGAAUACACGUGUUCUGCUGAAUCCACGAGUGAUCCUGUCAGACUGAACGUGUCAGCACUGCCUAAAGCCACUCUGACUGUAGAGCCAAAAUGGCGCCCACUGUACAAUGGAGAGACCGUCACCCUGAGUUGUGAGGUGGACUCCGACAGCAACUGGAUAUAUUCCUGGUACAAAGACCAGGCCCAGAUGGCUUUGUCUCAGACUGCUGGUCACAGUGUGACUGGUAACAGACUCACCAUCCCUUGGACUGCUGGGUCAGACCAGGGGCAGUACUGGUGUGAGGGGAGGCUGGAGGGGAGAAAAGUGACAUCACAGCGCAGCGACUCCAUCAAUCUGACUGUUGCAGCCCUGCCUAAAGCCACUCUGACUGUAGAGCCAAAAUGGUGCCCACUGUACAAUGGAGAGACCGUCACCCUGAGGUGUGAGGUGGACUCCUACAGCAACUGGAUAUAUUCCUGGUACAAAGACCAGACCCAGAUGACUGUGUCUCAGACUGCUGGUCACAGUGUAACUGGUAACAGACUCACCAUCCCUGGUGCUGCUGGGUCUGACCAGCGGCAGUACUGGUGUGAGGGGAGGCUGGAGGGGAGAUAUGUGACAUCACCGCGCAGCGACUCCAUCACUGUUGCAGUGCUGAGUCUAAUGACAAGACUGGGGAGCCCAAAGGCUGUACUGACUCUGCAGCCUAACCGGCCCCUGUUCUUCACUGGAGAGACCGUCACUCUCACGUGUUCGGGACAGACAUUCAAACAUCAUAGAUUCUUUUGGUACAGAAUUGAACCAAAUAUGUUGCAGACAAUGCACACAUCCCAAGAAAACAUCUACACCAUCGCAUCUGUCACUGAAGCCCACAGUGGUGUAUACACGUGUGCUGCUGAAUCCACAAGUGAUCCUGUCAGACUGAACGUGUCAGCACUGCCUAAAGCCACUCUGACGGUACAGCCAAAAUGCCCACUGUACAAUGGAGAGACCGUCACCCUGAGGUGUGAGGUGGACUCCUACAGCAACUGGAUAUAUUCCUGGUACAAAGACCAGACCCAGAUAACUGUGUCUCAGACUGCUGGUCACAGUGUAACUGGUAACAGACUCACCAUCCCUGGUGCUGCUGGGUCUGACCAGGGGCAGUACUGGUGUGAGGGGAGGCUGGAGGGGAGAAAAGUGACAUCACAGCCCAGCGACUCCAUCAAUCUGACUGUUGCAGGUGAGUCUCAGGUACGCUUUCAAUUUGGAUAUGUCACAUGCUCUAGUGGAUUCAGAUCUGGGGACUGUGCAGGUCAUUGGAGUAAAAUGAAGUCGCCGUCUUGUUUGUGGAACCAGCUGAAGGUGACGUGUGCUUUGUGACAUGGCGCAUUACCUGCUGGAAGUAUCAACUUGAUAAAAGGUAGACUGUGGUCAUAAAGGGAUGCACAUGGUCUGCUACAAUGCUUAAUUAUGUUCUGGCACUCAAUUGAUGCUCAGUUGGUAUUAAGGGGCCUAACGUGUGUGCCACAAAAACAUUGCCCACACCAUUACACUACCACUAACAGCUGUUACUGCUGACACAAAGAAGGAUGGGAUUUUUAUGCAGUAUGGAUUCAUCCUGUUUUGCCAAAUUCAGACCCUACCAUCUACGUAUGUG